GUGUGGUGUGAGCAGUUUUAACCAAUCAGGUUGGUUUUGGAUGAUGGCGUAGGGAGGAGUGUUUCUGGAGGAAGCAGGCUGGCCUGGUCUGGGUGGGGUUUUUAGGGGGUGGGACCAACUCAGCCGGCUGCUGUUUGAAAAUGAAUGAUAUGCUGCUCAAGUUGUAGAAGCGGUGGGCUGUUGGGUUAUUGUGUGUUAACCGGCAAACAGUAUUUGCAGAUAAGGGAAAGUGGACGAUUUCAGAGAGAACCUGAAAUACAAACCGGGGAAACAUAAUAUUUUCAAGCAAUGCAAUUGACCGUGUGUGAGCCCACCGCCAUGUCUGAAGCCGUGGUGAUGGAGCCUCCCUUAGCAGGCGGCUUACUGGAGUCAUCCUGCGGAGCAGGACAUAGCGCAGCCUCCCUCGAUGACUGCAUCGUGGACAGAGCAAAUGAGUCUUCAGAGGAAGAGUCCGCAGGGGAAAGAGAUGAGGAGAUUGGUGCACACGCUGAAGUCGCCAGCAGCACCAAGGCUACAGAGGUCCCUGCUGAACAGACCUCAAACACACAAACAGUGAACACCCAGCGUCCAAACUCCCUUCCGGUGCCAGCAGCAGGAGGGCUCGGCCUGUGGACGUCACAGGGUGACGCAGAGGUGUUGCUGAGGAUGGGGGACUCUGGCCUGGCUGCUGAGACCCCUCUGACCAUCGACCAGAUGUUCACCUCAGCUGUGGAGCGCUUUGCCGACUAUACAGCUCUGAGCUGGAAGGAGGGCGAGCAGCAGAAGAGCCUGAACUACAGAGAAUAUUACCAGACCUGCCGCACCGCUGCCAAGAGUUUCCUUAAGCUUGGUUUGCAGCGCUACCACGGUGUCGGCAUCCUGGGUUUCAACUCGGCUGAGUGGUUCAUCUCUGACAUUGCAGCUAUUUUUGCUGGUGGGUUUGCUGUUGGCAUCUACACCACCAACUCUCCUGAGGCAUGCCAGUACGUAGCAGAGAACAGCAAGGCCAAUAUCAUUGUGGUGGAGAAUCACAAACAGCUGCAGAAGAUCCUUCAGAUUGAAGACAAGCUGCCGCACUUGAAAGCCAUUAUCCAGUACAAAGAUGCACUUAAAGAGAAAAGACCAAAUCUGUACUCGUGGGCGGAGUUCAUGGAGCUCGGACGCGAUGAGCCCGACGCACCCCUCGAUGCGAUCGUCUCCAGCCAGAAGCCCAACCAGUGCUGCACGCUAAUCUACACCUCGGGGACCACAGGCCAGCCCAAAGGAGUCAUGCUCAGCCAUGAUAAUAUAACAUGGACCGCGCUUUCCACCUGCCGCCAUGUGGGUCUGACAGACGCCACCCACAGUCAGGAGUUGGUGGUCAGCUACCUGCCGCUCAGCCACGUCGCUGCUCAGAUGGUAGACAUCUGGGUCACCAUGAGGGUCGGAGGGGCGACCCACUUUGCCCAGCCAGAUGCACUGAAGGGCUCUCUGGUAAACACGUUGAAGGAAGUGCGUCCCACGGCCUUCAUGGGCGUCCCACGUGUCUGGGAGAAGAUGCAGGAGAAGAUGAAGUCUGUCGGGGCCAAGUCUUCAACUGUGCGCAGGAAACUGGCUGCCUGGGCCAAAGAUGUUGGCCUGCAGACUAAUCUGACCAAAAUGAAUCAAAGCGGAGCAGCUGGCCGCACGCCGCUCAGCUAUCAAGUAGCCAAAAAGCUCGUGUUCAAAAAGGUGCGCAAGGCUCUGGGCCUGGACCGCUGCAACAAGUGCUACACCGGUGCCGCUCCCAUAACCAAAGACACCCUGGAGUUCUUCCUCAGCCUAGACAUCCCUCUGUACGAGCUGUACGGCAUGAGCGAGAGCACCGGACCUCACACAAUCUCCAUCCCUGAGGCCUUCAAGCUCACCAGUUGUGGUAAAGAGAUCCCAGGGUGCAAGACGAAGCUGCACAACCCAGACGAGGAGGGAAACGGUGAGAUCUGCUUCUGGGGCCGUCACGUCUUCAUGGGUUACCUCAACAUGCCCGACAAGACGGAUGAGGCUCUCGAUGCAGAGGGUUGGCUGCACUCCGGUGACCUGGGCAAACACGACCAGAACGGAUUCCUCUUCAUCACCGGAAGAAUUAAAGAGCUGAUCAUCACCGCAGGAGGAGAGAACAUCCCUCCCAUUCCUAUCGAGGAUGCUGUGAAGGAGGCCGUGCCGCUGAUUAGUAACGCCAUGCUGAUCGGAGACAAGAGGAAGUUUCUAUCUAUGCUGCUCACCAUUAAGUGCCAGCUAAAUGCAGAGUCAGGAGAACCAGAGGACGAGCUGACACCGGAAGCUAUUGAGCUCUGCAGGAAGCUGGGCAGCAACGCCACACGAGUCUCUGAGAUCGCAGGCGGCCAAGACCGACUGAUCCACGCCGCCGUUCAGGAGGGAAUCAACCGAGUCAACAAGGAGGCGAACUCCAACGCUCAGCGCAUUCAGAAGUGGAUCAUCCUGGAUCGUGAUUUCUCCCUUCCAGGAGGAGAGCUUGGCCCUACCAUGAAGCUGAAGAGGCCGGUGGUGGUGAAGAUGUACAAGGAGCAGAUUGAGAACUUUUAUAAGGAGCUGGCAACUCCAACGACCCCCGAAAACCCGCUGCCUCCCAAAUAGAGCUGCUCCUCCACCUGCAGGGAGAUCCAGGCCGUCUGAGCCAACAUGCAGACACACCUCACCUCAUUAAUCCAGCCAUUUUUCUUUUGUAAAAAUGUUUUGAUUGCCUUAAAUUUUGGUCAUUUGUCUUUGUUUACAUUUGUAGGUGUUGUGCUGAAAAUAAGAAGCCAUUGUAAAAAUAGCUUUAUGAUUUUGAAGACGUGUUCAAUAAGUUGAAGUUGACUAUUUGGAUUACUGGGAUGAACAGUAAUAUCCGAUACAUGAAGUAGCAGCAGCUGUACGUAAGGACAUUUCUUGGGUUUAUUUUACUGUAUUACUUGAGAUAAGAGACAGAAUCCAAAAAAAGUUUAGGAUGUUUUUAAAGAAUUUGUCUUAACAUGUUUUUCUUAAUUUAUUUUGGGUUUGCCAAAGUUUACAUGGGCUAAAUGACCUUCAAACGAAGAGCAUUUCUAUGAAAGACUCCGUUUCUUAACUUAAUCAUAUGCAAAUGUUUACUGGCAUUUUACAUGUAUUUGGUCUUUUUUGUUCUUGUCUUUGUCAGCUGGGUUUCAAAGAAAAGAAUCAUUUAUUUUGUACAUGUUAUCAAAUAAAGCCAACGUUUUCCACAGCGGUAGUUGCAGUUAGAAAGGUAUUGAAAUCUAUCUCAUAACUUAGCAUCCACAUCUAGUUUUUCAUGCUGUAAAACACGUCAUUGAAGCCAUAUCUAUUGCCUUUUGUAAUUGUAAAGUCAGACACAACUGCCUGGUCCUGUUGAAAUGUUUUCCAACAGUCCUUCUGUGAUUUUUGUGGAAUAUUGUAAAUAUGUUUUGCCUAUAUCAUCUUGCUUUUUUUUUUUUUUACAGUUGGUUUUUUCAGCAGCCCAGAAAUCUCAUGCAUAAUUUUAUUGCACUCAAACUAAGAAAAAAAGACUUGCUUGGAAUGUACAAAAGUUAAAUUAUAUGUAGCUUCAUGGCAAGUAUAUUACCUGGUCUGUUGCCAUCCCUUGUUCACAUAAAUGUACAAAUGUUUGAGGUUUUGAUCCGGAGACUACAUGUCUUUAGCCUCCUUGAAGACGUUUCACACAUCUUCAAAGAAAAAGUUUUAAAAAGGAAGUAUAAGAGUUUGUACUCCAAAGAGCUGGUCUUGUAUAUGAAGUAAUUAUGUAUAUAAUAAGCAUAUCGUAGGUAUCGUAGUACUCUUAGCAGUUCACAGUGAAGGUGGGUUUGGCGGUUAUGGUUUGCUCAAAGUAACUGAAGUUCAGGGUAAACCGAGCAAUUUUUACACGCGUGUAUAAAGUUAAAUCAGGAAAUGACGGUGAUUCAGUGUGUCUGGAUCUACCUGACCUGAAAGAGCUGUUGUUGGUGUUGACAAUAUCAGGGUUGAAAUGUGGAGAUAUGCAUGGAGUACGUGAAUGUUGGGUGUUUGAUCAGUUACGGAAUAAAAGUUGAAUAAGCUAA